UGAGCUGCCAACAUGACAUUAGGAAAAUGACAUGACUUUGACUUAAAGUAACAAGUCAAGUAAUGUAAGGACCUCAAUGACCUAUUGGCUGGUCUGCCACUUUUGAGUUUCCAAUCUGAUAUUUAUAUGACAUGCAUAAUAGUAUUUCAUUACGAAGGUAAUAAUAACUUAGAGAAAGAGUUUACAUGUUAGGGCCCAUUGAACAAAUGAAAUUCAAUGACUUGGAACAGAAUGACAGUAAGAACUAGGAUUUGAUUUGAAUCUCCCACACAACAGUUAUUGCUGUUUCAUAGAGUUUAGAGGCUGUGUUGUACUCUGUGGUCAUGUGACAGGCACGAGGGGAAACAGGCGUCACCCCUGUGUGGGAGAUUGUCAGAAAGAGAGAUGUACAGAGGAGAAAGGGGGACAGAGGGAAGGAUUAUUUAGUUGAUUUAGGGGCUUGUUACAGUAGAGUAACGUCAGUAAAGGGAUGAAAGGUGUAGAUCAGGACAGAGACAGACAGGUUUUAUGAGAGCAGAGAGAUCAAGUCAGAUUUAGAGUUUGGGGUACCGAGGCAAGGCAUGACAAACCGUACAGUUAUAACACAUUGAGACGAGGAGACCGAAUUGAACACUACUAGAGGCCACUUUGGGGUUCAGGGAUAAGGGUAUAGGGACCAGGGGGAGAGUUUAGGGUUUAUUUUAGUUUUUUGGGGGGUGGGGACAGGUGGAACGAGCAGCAGUCUCUUGAUGAGUACAGCAUUGCUGUCAGGAGUCAUAGAACGAACAACCACAGAGAUGGGGAACACAUGGAUUAUAGGAUUCAUCUCUCUCCUGGCUAUUUCUGCUACCUGGAGUUUGGAAACCGGACAUAACAACCACAUUUCUGUGACCUCUCACACUACCCCUCCUUCCACUUCAAUUACAUCUACAGAACUUCGACUGCAUGUUACCAGAAGUGAAAAUUUUCAUCUAGGCCAUGAGGUCAUCUUAACGUGCUGCAAUAAGACUUGGAAUGAAAUGAUCUACACCAUCUGGAAAAUAGACCGAGGUGGAACGGUGUGUCAAAUAUCAUCAGGUGUUAAUGACCAACCUCUUGACUCAUGCAAUGAUGGAAAAGUCAUGCUAAACACAACCAGUGGUGAAUCUUACCUACGCAUUCCUGAGUUCUCAAUCAGUGAUGAGGGAUUCUAUUACUGUGAGUCAGUAUACAGAGGAGGGAGCAACUCUGCAAACAUUAAGGUAUCAGUUAUAGUAGCUCCUCCCACACUGUCUGCCUCGCUGGAGUGGGAGGGCAGUAAGAGGGUGGCUGUGUGUUUAGCUGAAGGGGGGAAACCAGCUGCCUCCAUCUCCUGGAGGAACACAUGGAACUCUACUUCAACCACAGCCGGCACUAUAAAGACCAUACAGAACCAAGACGGCUCCUACUCUGUGGAGAGACGGUUGGUCCUGCCUGAUGUCAUCCCUAUGGGCAACCUGACCUGUGAUGUCAGACAUCCCUCCUGGGUUGAGGUGCAUACUGUGACACUACCGAUCCCUGAAGGGGCCUCAAUACCCUGGCUACAUGUCAUCAUCUCCGUGGUAACCAUCAGUGUCAUUAUGGCUACUCUGGGUGGUUUAUACUUCACACAAAAACACCUCUGCAGAAUUAGCCCCGCCACACCAUCUGAGUCCAAGGCUCCUCAUUCACAGGACUAUGUGGAGGAAGUAGAGCCCUAUGCCAGCUACGUGCAGCGUGUCAACUCCAUCUACAACUCCUCUGCAGACCUGUUUACAUAACACCCACACACACACACACACACACACACACAGACAGGCAGACAGACAGACAGACAGACAGACAGACAGACAGACAGACAGGCAGACAGACA